AUGGCAUCCAAUUCUGAUUGUUCUCAAAAAUCAUUGUUACAGAUCGUAUUACCAGAGAAAAUUCAAGCGAAUACCAGUGAUGACUCAGAGGGACAGAUAUCCUACAUAAUUCCAAUUGACGAGACACUGUACACUGUGAACCUCAAGCAAAGAUAUUUUUUAGCAGACGAUUUUAUGGUUUAUCUGUAUAGUCAAGGAUCUGUGAGUGCUCUUUCUUCAGAUAUUCAGCCUCACUGCUACUAUCAAGGAUAUAUCGAAGGGCACCCAAAUUCCAUCGCCACACUCAGCACGUGCUCUGGACUCAGAGGGCUACUGCAAUUUGAAAACAUUUCUUAUGGGAUUGAGCCUCUGGAAUCUGCAGUUCAAUUUCACCAUCUUCUGUAUAAAUUAGGGAAUGAUAACAAGCAACUUUCAAGUUUUAACAAUGAUACCAAAAGUGCAGAAAAUCACCUGAUGGACUCCAUCAUAUAUAUAGAUAAAAAACCAGCAUUACCAGAAAAAGUAUUUCCUCUUUAUCUAGACAUACACAUUGUGGUGGACAAAGCUUUGUAUGAAUACCUGGGCUCUGAUAGCAUGAUAGUAAUGAAUAAAAUCAUCGAAGUUAUUGGCCUAGUAAACUCAAUGCUUAUGCAGUUUAAAGUUACUCUUGUGCUGUCUUCAUUGGAUCUAUGGUCAGAUGACAAUAAGAUAUCUACAGCUGGUGAGGCCGAUGAACUACUAAAUGUAUUUUUAAAGUGGAAACAUUCCUAUCUUACCUUCAGGCUUCAUGAUGUUGCCUAUCUAUUUGUUUAUAGGGAUAUUCCACAUUACCUGGGUGCAGUGUUUCCUGGAAAGAUUUGUGAUACUCAGUAUUCUGCGGGAAUUGCAGUGUAUCCUAAGGGUAUAACCUUGGAGGCCUUCUCAGUUAUUGUCACCCAGAUGCUGGGACUCAAUUUGGGAAUAUCAUAUGAUGAUCCAAAGAAAUGUCACUGCCAAGAUGCCAUCUGUGUAAUGAAUCCAGAAGCUGUGAUAUCCAGUGGUGCCAAGAUUUUUAGCAACUGCAGUUUGAAUGACUUUGAAGGUUUUGUUUCAAGCGAGGGUGCCAGCUGUCUGCGGAAUAAACCACAAAUGCAGAGAGCUGGGAGACCGCACUGCGGCAAUGGCAGGGUGGAGGCCGGCGAAGUCUGUGAUUGUGGCCCUGUGCAACAUUGUGGACAGGACGACUGUUGCGACCCACGCAGCUGUCAACUGAAACGAGGGUAUCAGUGUCUGUCGGGAGAAUGCUGCCACGAUCAAGGCUUGGAACGCUGUCAUUUUAAGGAUAACAGACACGUGUGUAGACAAAGUAUCAAUCCUGAGUGUGACAUAGAGGAGCGGUGUAGUGGAAACUCAGCAGACUGUCCCCCCGACAUAACUGUGCACAAUGGACAAUUAUGCAAAGGCGGCAGAUACACCUGCUAUGAUGGAGAGUGCCAUGACCUCGAUGCACGCUGUGAGGCCAUAUUUGGAAAUGGUUCAAAAAAUGCUCCAUUUUCUUGCUAUGAAGAAAUACAAUCUCAAGCAGAUGUUUUUGGAAACUGUGGUAAAGAAAGAAACAAAUAUAAAGCCUGUGGAUGGAGGAGUCUCGUAUGUGGACGAUUAAUUUGUACUUACCCUUCUCGAGCUCCUUUUCAUCAAGAAAAUGCUGCUGUAAUUUAUGCCUUUGUAAGAAAUGUAAUAUGCGUGACUAUAAACUACAAACUGGCUGCUUCUGCUCCAGAUCCACUGGAAAUCAAAAAUGGCUCUGAAUGUGAAACAGGGAGGAUUUGUGUGAAUCGUUUAUGUGUAGAAUCAAGAAUACUCAGAAACCAGUCACACACGUGUUCUCUACAGUGUAAUGGACAUGGAGUGUGUAAUUCUCAAGGAGCGUGCAAUUGUACUGCAGGGUACCUACCUCCAAAUUGCCAAAACCGUGCCAGGGGAUUGCCUUUGUUGCCUGAGGAAAAGGGCUUAAAUAGCGGCUUAGAGGCUCCUAUGAAGGGUAAGAAGCUUUGGCUACUAGGAUUAUACAUUGGCAUUCCUGUUCUCAUCAUAGCCACCGUAUUAAUCAUGGCACGGCAUAAGUUGAGAAGGCGGCUCACCAAGAAAGAAGAAUCUGUUAAGAAUGAGUCAACAUCAGAAGUUAGCACUCACACACAUACCAGCAAAUCAGAAAGCAGCAGCCACAAAGUUACUAGCAAGUCCAAGUCAGAGGAUAGUACUCAAGAGGAAGUCAGCAGGUCAGACAUACAGGAAAGCACCCAAACUAGUAGUAGUAGUAACUAGUAAUUCCUUCAAAAGACAAUGACAAUAUCAAGGGCCUCACUGAGAAAUGAAAAUGCAGCCAUUCUGGACCUGGUACAGCGGAAGGAAACAAUAAACCGAGU